GGGAGACUCAUUCGAAGCGGGCGCAGCUGGUUCUGGAGCGAGCCCAGGCCCGUUGCCUGUGAGGCUCGGCACGUCCCGGGGCUCUGUCAGCGGCGCUCGGCCCAGCCGCUGCCUUCCCGCCCCGGUACGAGGCCGCCGCUGCCGGCCACGCGGAGCCGCCGUCACUGCCCAGAGCGGCCGCAAGCCUCUGGCUCAUCCCGCCCCUACAGCGCCCUCCUGGGGCGGCGGCAGCCACAGCGACCGCUCCGGCGCGGCUCUGGCCUCGCCCCUCCGCUCCGCCUCCUCCUCGUCUCCGCCAUUUGGGCCUCUCGGGCCGCCGUCGCGAUCGGUAGCGGCGUUUCUGCGCCCUUGGCGCCUUCCGCGGGGCCGGGCCGCGGCCUCUCCGGGCGGCAGCCUCCCGGUUUUCUUCGAGGCGGGUCGGGAAGGCUCGGGACGCCGACCAGUGAUGUCGAAAGGGAACGGAAAAGCGGAUCCCUCCUCGUCGAGCUCGGAGCACGGCAUCCUCUCGCAGCCGUCCACCUCGAGUAACGGCGCCGUGCCCCUGCACGGACAUCUAUGGGAAGAAGAGUCAGAGACGAUGGACGAACAGCGGCCGGAGAGCGCCGAGGGCGCCGGCGACGAGCGCAGCAGGAGAAUAAUCCGAAACCAGUACCGGGAGCUCAUCUACAGCGUGCAGCAGAAUCGGGAGGAUAUGCUGAGUUCAAAAACCAACAGACUGACUGAAGCUUUGGAAGAAGCCAAUAAACUGUUCAGUGGAGUUUCCCGGGCGCGAGAGGCCGCUCUGGAUGCCCAGUUCCUUGUCUUAGCAUCAAACCUUGGAAAGGAAAAAGCCAACGAGUUGCACUCUGAGAUGACAGCGUUUGACUCACUGGUGUUUGCAGAAGACUUGCUAACCUUCAUGGGCAUAAAUCGCAUUGAAGGAGAAGAUGAUGACAGUGAUUCUGAGGAUGCUUCAGGUGGCUUUUUACCUCAUGAUGCUUGGCAUAAACUGGGAGCAGAAGCAGAAAAGUACUUCAGAAGGGCACCUUGUUUUCACUACAUGUUGGGAUCUUUCAAGUCUGAUCCUCCUGUACCGAGGCAACGGAUAGAGAGGCAGAAAAGGACAACAAGAGGGGAAAUAAAACAGGCAAUGCCUGCUCAGUUGAAAAAAAUGGAGGAGUCUCAUCAAGAGGCUACAGAAAAAGAAGUAGAGAGGAUCUUGGGAUUACUGCAAACUCAUUUUAAGAAUGAUCCUGAUACUCCAAUUUCCUUCUUUGAUCUUGUGAUUGAUCCAAACUCUUUUGCACGCACUGUGGAAAACAUCUUUCACGUUUCCUUCAUCAUAAGGGAUGGUUUUGCAAGAAUAAAGCUGGAUGAUGAUAAAUUGCCUAUGAUAGAGCCUACAAAAGACAAUGAGAGAAAGGGGAAUGACCACAAUGCUGCAGCACGGAACCAGGUUGUGCUAUCGCUGAACUAUCAGGAAUGGAAGGAGAUCAUAAAAACAUAUGAAAUAACAGAACCCAUGAUCAGCCCUCCUUGUCAGAGAGAUGAAGCCGAGAUGGACAUAGCUUAAUUCUUCAAGUGCCUUAAGGUAUUGUAACAUAUUCCCUCUGGAAGAUAAUAUGUAUAUAUAGUUAAAUAAUGUUUUUCUGUACUUUUCUGAAAAUCCAAGUUUGAGUUUGGAAAUUUGGUCUCAA